CUGACCCAUCGUUUUGAAAAAAGUGUAUUUUCCGAAUGAAGUGACGAAGUGAAGUGAGUGCGUGUUGUGAAUUUCCCUUUUUCGCGAAGAGUGGUCCUGAUCGCUCCGUGAAUAUGUAUUUCCCCGGUUUCUGACGAACGUCUCUCGCCGACCGUGAAAAUGGCCCAGGAGACAGACGAUAUCAAUUUGACUCCUCAGGAACUUCAGAUACUUUCUGAGCUGGAUAGUCGCCAGUUCGGAUUCCUGAAGUUGAAUUCGCCAGAGCAAGCAAAGAAAAAGGCUCUGGUAGUUCGUGCAAUUAAAUAUCUAGAGAGGAUGAUAGUGCAAGCUCAUUCAGAAAAACAGCGGAGAAAAGCUGACAGUACAAAAAUGAGCUUUGACGAGUCGAAAGAUAACGAUGAUGAGGAUGACGAUGAUGACGAUCGAGGAAUUAGCAUCGAUCCUAAAACUUACUGCAAACUGGGCCAUUUUCAUUUACUUCUAGAAGAUUAUAGCAAAGCUAUGUCUGCAUAUCAAAAGUUCUUCAACCAAAAGACCGAUUACUGGAAAGAUGUGUCGUUUCUUUACGGACAGGGUCUCGUCUACUUCCACUUCAACGCCUUUCAAUGGGCUGUAAAAUCAUUCCAGGAGGUGCUAUGGGUGGAACCAGGAUUUGCUCGAGCAUGCGAGGUUCACAUACGGUUAGGUUUGAUGCUAAAGGUCCAUGGUGACUUUGAAGCAGCACAUAAGCACUUGACCCUCGCUCUGAUCGACGCGACCACACCUGCUUCCUUCUCCAAGCUUGAAAUAAAAUUUCACAUAGCACACCUGCAUGAAGUCCAGGGAAAAUAUCGUCUGGCCAAGGAACAAUACGAAACAUUACUUAAGGAAACACCACUACCCUCGCAUCUCAAGGCUGAUAUCUGUCGACAGCUGGGAUGGAUGUACCACUCUCUUGAAGGCCACCAGUUAGGUAUAUCUGUUCCGAAACAACAGCAGCAACAUUUUGCCAUCGUUUGUCUUCAAAAAUCGAUAGAAGCUGAGCCAAAAAGUGGGCAAAGUCUCUACUUAUUAGGUCGCUGCCUUUCUGCUUCUGGAAAAGUUCACGAGGCAUUCGUAGCUUAUAGUAAGAGUAAGUGCAUAAGGGAGGCUCUCAUACACGACAGCACACAAAAUAGGAAUUCCGUUGAAAAAUCCGAAAGCAACGCGGAUACCUGGUGCAGCAUAGGUGUCCUUUAUCAGCAGCAAAACCAGCCUACAGAUGCACUUCAAGCUUAUGUCUGCGCUGUACAGUUGGACAAAUCUCAUUCAGCAGCGUUUACUAAUCUUGGAAUUUUGUACGAAAGUGUCAGCCAACCGAAGGACGCUUUAGCUUGUUAUAUCAACGCUUCAAGGGGCAACAAUAACGCGACAAACGGGACGAGUUCAUUGGUGGGCCUGGCUGGUGCAAAGUCUGGAGGCAACGGUCCGAUGAACCCAUCUCUUGUCCAGCGUAUAAACUUCUUGCAAACUCAUCUGUGUCAAGCACCAAUGCCUUCCGUAACCACCGCAAGACGGGCACUGCCGCCGAUAGACGAAGCUUGGAAUCUGCCAAUCAGCGCAGAAAUGUCUAGUAGACAACAGCAACAGCCACCGCCUUCCGGGGGUCCGGGUUAUAAAUAUUCUGGAGCACCUUCAGGACCUCCACCUCCUUAUCCUCAGGGACAAGGACAGGCUGCCACUGCAAAGAGAUUUAAGGUAGAAGAGCCUGUAUCGCCUUGCAGCCAACAAAGGCCGCCCGCAUUUUAUUUGUCCCCGCAACAAUUGCAAAUGCUGCAGUGUUUGCAACAAAAUCAGGGCAAUCUAUCAGCUCAUCAACAAACCGUCUUAGUGCAGUUGCAACAUCAAUACAGAUCUAUGCAACAACAUCAGCAACAGAUCAGAUUGCAACAGCAACAAGCUGCACAAAGAGGAAUUCGACCUGGUCAACCUGGUUAUCCUACCAUUUAUACACAUUCCCAACAAGGACAACCAGGCAUCAUUAAAAACUAUGGACUACCUCAGCAACCGCAGGGUGGAACUGUGGCUCUCCAAACCGGGUUUACAGACUCGACUGUUGGAUACAGCGCAGCAGCAACAGGAAACACCCAGCAACCAGCAGGAAUGCCUUACAAAUCCGCUUCGGAUCCCAACUAUCCUCAAAGACAACAAACCCCUGGUCAGUUCAAUCAGUACCAGACGAACCAAUACGGUGGUCAAGGUUUCACCCAGAUAUCUUCCACCACAAGUUGUUACCCCGAAGGUUCAGCUGGAAACAAUAAAGAUCUAGGCGUGACUGACCAAGAAUUGCAGGCUCUGCUUUCGCAGAAGGAUAUCGCAACUUCUUUAGCCGAGGAUCUGCUCAAACACUUUGGUUCUGACGACCUGGAUGAUAAGGAUAUCUCACCAAAUAUCAUGAACAAUGGAACCUUGAGCUCUGGUCCAUUCUCCCCCUCAAACUUGGAAGAUAGUAAUGAGAAGAAGAAGGAAGUGAAGCUGGAGAAGAUGGAAGACCCCACAAGCACUUCUCUUGUAGACUUAAAGGACAUCAAGCCUAUGACAGUAAAAUGCGAGGCGACAUCUAGCACGAACAAAGUGGAGCCCGUACUUAAGUUUGAGAGCCUGUGUGAGUCUCAACAAGACCAAGAAUUAGGUAUCGAAAUGGACGCGAAGGCGAUUGUCGAGGUUUGCAAAGGCCAAGGAUUGAAGGGUGUGCCCAACUGUUCGAUACUGAGUGAUCGAUCGCCACCUCCCACACCUCCAGAUCCUCCCAAUCAGAGGUUAACGAAGGAGCAACUCUUACCACCAACGCCAAGCGUUUACCUAGAAAACAAAAAGGAUGCUUUCAGUCCGCAACUCCAGGAGUUCUGUCUGAAACAUCCAAUAGCUGUGAUUCGUGGCUUAGCUGCGGCUUUGAAGCUUGAUCUCGGCCUCUUUUCCACAAAGACUUUGGUGGAGGCAAAUCCCGACCACGGAAUCGAAGUUCGGACGCAGGUUCAGCAGACCAGCGACGAGAACUGGGACCCAACGGGCCGGAAAGUUUGGGCUUGCAUAAGCCAUCGGAGUCACAUGACGAUAGCCAAAUACGCGAAUUAUCAGGCGUCCAGUUUUCAGGACAGCUUGAAAGAAGAGAGGGACAAGUCACAGGGGAUUCACUCGUCGAAUUUGUCGGACUCGGACUCGAAGGAUAGUACGGGUGUUGUCAGGAGAAAGAAGAAUCAGUUUGGCGCUGUUGCUCGAGGAUCGAAGAUGCUGAAGUUUGGUACCAAUGUCGAUUUGUCCGAUGAGAGGAAGUGGAAGACCCAACUCCAGGAGCUUAUGAAGCUCCCUGCCUUCGCAAGAGUGGUUUCCGCGGGGAACAUGUUGAGUCAUGUUGGUCAUGUGAUUCUUGGGAUGAACACAGUUCAGUUGUACAUGAAGGUACCUGGUAGUCGAACGCCAGGCCAUCAAGAAAACAACAACUUCUGUUCGAUUAAUAUCAACAUUGGACCUGGAGACUGCGAGUGGUUUGCUGUUCCCGACGCCUACUGGGGCGUAAUUUGUGCCCUUUGUGAACGCAACAAUAUUAAUUACCUUCACGGUAGCUGGUGGCCUUCGCUCGAAGAUUUAUACGAGGAAAAUAUUCCCGUGUAUAGGUUUCUGCAAAGACCUGGUGAUCUCGUUUGGGUUAAUGCUGGUUGCGUCCAUUGGGUGCAGGCAGUUGGUUGGUGCAAUAAUAUCGCAUGGAACGUGGGACCAUUGACCGCUCGUCAAUAUCAAUUGGCCAUCGAGCGUUACGAGUGGAACAAACUGCAAUCUUUCAAGUCGAUAGUGCCGAUGGUUCAUCUGUCCUGGAAUCUAGCUAGAAAUAUUAAGGUCUCGGAUCCUCGGCUGUUCGAGCUUAUUAAAAACUGCCUCCUGAGAACCAUGAGACAGUGCUGCUUAAUCUUGGAGUUCGUUAAGAGUAAAGGUGUCGAGGUCAGAUUCCAUGGACGAGGAAAGAACGAGGCGUCGCAUUACUGCGGGCAGUGUGAGAUCGAAGUAUUCAAUAUCUUGUUUAUUCGUGAACAAGAGAAGCGACACGUGGUUCACUGUAUGGAUUGCGCGCGAAAGCAGGCUCCGUCCUUGGAAGGAUUUGUGUGUUUAGAAGAAUAUAGAAUGCGAGACCUGAUGGACGUUUACGACGGCUUCACGUUGCACACAUCGGUGACAGCUCCGUCACUCGCGGUGCAGACCACUCAAUCCUCUUGAGGUUACAUGCAGCACAGAUAUUUGGACUACUUGAGUACCCUUCAAUAACUCUUGUGGUACAAUUUCUGUGUCAAUAUUUCUCAUAAUAAGCAGUAUCCAUGUACCUGAGAGCUACGAUAGGAAUGUACAGAAUUCUCAAUCGGAGACUGUACGCGUCGUCGCCCUGCGAGCAAAUGACGCGAUUCAUUUUAUUAGUUUAGUAGAAGACGAAUCGUGUUUUUUUUCGCUCCCGGCGAACGCGAAUUAAGAAGUUACCCGUAACUCGAUCAUUAGUUAGAUCUAAUUGUACAAACGCUUAGCCUAAUUCCUUAAAAUAACAAAACGGACGAUACCUUUCGAUUCCUGUGACAAGUCCGCGAGAGCGCGAGAUACUAUUUUCUAUAGCUCUCGGGUACCAAUUUUUUUAUCAACGAGAGAACAUAUUAUUAACAGACUCUUGGGGCAUGUAACACAGGAGCGCAUUGAGUAAGCGUCUGACAGUGAUAUUUGAACAAUUCGCCGUUUUCAAUGAACGGUUAAGCAAUCGUGUAGCGAACAUAGCUUGAGUAUUUUAAAUUUUUCUACCGCGCAAAGAAGACUAGCUAACGUUUCGUAAUAUUACUUUAGUUUCGUCUCGGUAGGAUUCCAAAUUUCGGAGCUAUUCAGACUUUCAAAUGACAACUCUUUCUGUCAUCAUACUAAUAGAGAGUGGCCGCUAGACUGUGCAUUUUUUGAGUUCAAUCAGGGAGGUUCUAAUACUUGAAACCACGAAAAAAUGAAUUUAAAAUUUUAAAAAAACUGAUAGUUUUUGACAUAAUUUAGAUUUCCAAAUUUCUUUCCAAAUGGAAAACUUGAAUACAGUUUAAAAUUAACAAGGAUGAUGACGAUUCAAAUAAAAAUAAAAAACAAUUAUAUUGUUUUCCAAUUUUGUUGUUAUAUUUUUUGUAUAAAGAACACAAUCAUGUGAGUUUAUGCGGGAAUACCUGUUUUUUAUUUUUGAUAUCUUGCAUAUCGUUUACGAGAAAAGACUGAAAAUUCUAUUUUUAGUAUCUGAGUCGCACGAUUAUUUUAAUUUAGAAUUGUUUACAAAUUUUUCGUCAGAUUUCGAAAAACAGGGGCCACAGGUCAUGGAAAGAAACCUGGAAAUGUGGGAAAACUCAGGGAAUUUUUAUCAGAGGCACUUUAAACUUACAAGAAUAACUGAAUUAUGUUAAAAACGGUCGAAGAUUAAAGACAAACUAUAUUUUUGUCUCAAAUCGCAAAAAUAUGCCUGACACAUUAAAAAAUAAUAGAAAAAAAUGCGAUGACAUCGAUAUUAGUUCAAGAAAUUGUUGAAACAA